AUGUCCGGCGUGUGCGUGGAAACGCUCUGUGAGAUCGCCAUACACGACCCCAAGACCGUGGCCUUGGCCGGAGGCUAUGCGAGUGUAGUCAGGGCGGUGUUGUACGGAGACGCUGGGGAUGAUAGUGUGAUUGCAAGCGUGUUCCAUGUGCUGCUGUACUUGUACAAUCUUCCGUGCACGCGCAGAUAUCUGACGGACGAGUUGGAGCUGUGUCUUGCGGCGUUUACGGAUACAGGCUAUUAUAUGACCCUGCCCAAUGUAGCUAAACUCAAGCGGCAUGAGAAAAGCAAGACGGAGGAACCUAUCGGUAUGUACUAA